GGGACGGGACGGGACCCAGCGGAGCGGGCAGCGCGGCGCGGGGCUGCGGGCGGCCAUGGGGAAGCUGCUGGCGGUGGCUCUCGUCGGGAUAGCGGCAGCCUUGGUGGUGGAGCGGCUGCUCUCCUUUCGGAACAGGCUCAAUGCCUCACGGGAAAUAGCCCCAAUCACCCUCCCAAACUGCCGGCUCAUUAAAGGGAUUGAAUGUGGUUCAGAAGACAUUGACAUACUUCCUAAUGGACUGGCUUUCAUCAGCUCUGGCUUGAAAUACCCAGGAAUAAAGAGCUUUGCACCAGACAAGCCAGGCGAAAUAAUUUUGAUGGAUUUGAAUGAAGACAAUCCCAGAGCAGUGGAACUGAGAAUCAGCCGAGGGUUUGAUCUGGCAUCCUUUAAUCCUCAUGGAAUUAGCACCUAUGUAGACAAAGACGACACCGUGUACCUCUUUGUUGUGAACCAUCCCCAUCAGAAGAGCACAGUAGAAUUGUUUAAAUAUGUGGAAGAUGACAAUUCUCUUGUGCACCUGAAAACCAUUCAACAUGACCUUCUGACAAGCGUGAAUGAUGUGGUAGCUGUGGGACCAGACAGCUUCUAUGCUACCAAUGACCACUACUUCUCCGACUUCAUCUUGAUGUUCUUGGAGAUGUUCUUGGGUUUAACUUGGUCAAACGUUGUUUACUACAGUCCUAAAGAAGUGAAAGAAGUAGCAGCUGGAUUUUAUUCAGCCAAUGGAAUUAACAUUUCACCUGACAGAAAGUUCAUCUACAUUGCAGAUGUAUUCGAUCAUAAUGUCCAUGUUAUGGAAAAACAUGCAAACUGGAAUUUAACCCAGGUGAAGAAGCUGCAGCUGGACACUCUGGUCGAUAACUUGUCUGUUGACCCAUCCACUGGAGACAUCUGGAUAGGAUGUCAUCCCAAUGGGAUGAAACUCUUCUACUACGAUCCUGAAAAUCUGCCUGCUUCUGAGGUCCUGCGCAUCCAGAACAUCCUCUCGGAAGAGCCUGUGGUGACACGCAUCUAUGCCGACAAUGGCUCCGUGCUGCAGGGAAGCUCUGUGGCAUCCGUCUAUGAGGGAAAACUGCUCAUUGGCACAGUCUUCCACAGAGCUCUCUACUGUGAGCUAUAGCUCGCUGCGGUAAGAUCUGCUGAAGUGGGAAGGAUUUAGUUCCUUGGGAACUCACUUAGUCUCUGCUAGACUUGCUAACAACAAGACUGUUCCAAUAAAGGUAACUAGAGUCACGGAAAUGUAUCUUAGUCUUCCUCUCCCAAAUGAGAGUUUUAUGCAAUAGUCGAGGAAACUGAAGGUGAGGAAUUAGCUUAUUUGUGCAAUGGGAAGGACCCCAUGCCAACAACAAAGGGUAACCUUGAAAUUCAAGUUCAGAUGACAGAUGGCUAAACUGUCAGACACUGAAUUAUCUGUUGCUACUGGAGUUGUGGAUUUGGUUUGUUUGUUGGUUUUUUCCCCCCAGAGAAAACUGAUUUGGUAAAUGAGAAUUGCUGA